UCUUCUUCACUAGCAACCAACGAGGAGAACCAGCCCAAUUCCUCCUCCUCAACUGCCAACAUAGACACCAGACUGUGUCAUUUUACUAAGAUUGACUUCCAUUCUCAUUUCAGCUCUGGUUUCUUGGAGCUUUCUCUGUCUCUCCCUCCCUCUCUGCGUUUUUCCUUUUGGCUCACCUUGCCUCCAACUGAAAAAACUGAAAUGAAGCGCCUGUCUCCUCCAUCAGCAGAACAAUCGGGCAGAAGAAUGUUUCCGAGAAGCAAGUAUUCCAAUGACAUGGAAAAGGCCCUCGAUUCACCCAUCCAAGACAGGGACUCCAACUACAAGAAUCCGACCAUGAAAGUGCUCCUUAUCAUCAUUUUGUUCGGGUCGUUCCUCACAAUCUACCGGUCCCAUAACUUUCAUUUGAUGGAUGAUGACUCUUCGAGCUCUCCUUCCCGGCUUCCCACCACUGGCAAACUGUCAAGAGAGAGUACCGCCGCCAACCAUGAGUACACGUCGUCCCUAGAUAUCGAAUGGGAUCAAAUCUCGAAUGUGAUCGAGGAAUCUAUCGACAAGGACGAGUAUGAGGUCAUUGGCCUUCUCAACUUCGACAGGAACGAAACCAAUCGCUGGAAGCAGCUGUUCCCAGAAUCCGAGCAUGUAGUUUUGCGCCUGGACUCCGUACGAGGGGACAUAACCUGGGAAUCUCUCUAUCCUGAAUGGAUCGACGAGGAACAACAUUCCCAGGUCCCAAAUUGUCCUACCCUCCCUCAGGUUCACGUCCCAGGUAAACCACGCGUCCAUCUCAUCGCCGUCAAGCUUCCUUGUGACAAGUCAAGAAGGUGGUCUAGGGAUGUGGCUCGGCUCCACUUGCAGCUCGAAGCAGCGAGGCUCGCCGCCUCUGCUAAGAGUUACAGUCCCGUGCGAGUGCUUCUCGUGACUGAUUGCCUUCCCAUCCCGAAUCUAUUCGCGUGCAAGGACUUGCUAGCAAGCGAAGGCUAUGCACGGCUGUACGAGCCCGACCUCGACAAGCUGCAGGAAAAGUUUCUGCUCCCGAUAGGGUCGUGCGAACUUGCCUUUCCUCUCGAGCCGAAAGCACAAUUUCACUCGGAGAGAUCUCGUCGAGAAGCGUACGCUACCAUCCUGCAUUCGGCUCACGUUUAUGUUUGCGGUGCCAUCGCUGCAGCUCAAAGCAUACGAAUGUCGGGUUCCACGCGAGAUCUCGUGAUCCUCGUGGACGAAAUGAUCAGCGAACAUCACCGAGCUGGGCUGGAGGCUGCCGGGUGGAAAGUCCACACGAUCCAGCGGAUCAGAAACCCAAGAGCGCAGCCUGGUGCCUACAACGAAUGGAACUACAGCAAGUUCCGCCUCUGGCAGUUGACAGACUACGACAAGAUCAUUUUCAUCGACGCCGAUCAACUGGUCCUUAGAAACAUUGAUUUCCUUUUCAGGAUGCCGGAAUUGUCCGCCACAGGAAACAACGGCUCCUUGUUCAACUCCGGCGUGAUGGUGAUCGAGCCCUCAAACUGCACAUUCAAGCUGCUCAUGGACCACAUCAACGAGAUUGAGUCCUACAAUGGUGGCGACCAAGGGUACUUGAACGAGAUAUUCACCUGGUGGCACCGAAUUCCUAAGCACAUGAACUUCUUGAAGCACUUCUGGGAAGGAGACGAUGAGGAGACGAAGCUGAUGAAGACAAGCCUGUUUGGGGCUGACCCGCCGGUCCUUUACGUCCUCCACUAUCUAGGACUCAAGCCGUGGCUGUGCUUCAGGGACUACGAUUGCAACUGGAACGUGGACUACUACCGAGAGUUCGCGAGCGAUGCAGCACACAGGACGUGGUGGAAGCUGCACGACACCAUGCCGGAACAUCUGCAGAAGUUCUGUCUGCUGAGCUCAAAGCAGAAGGCGGCUUUGGAGUGGGAUCGGAGGCGGGCCAAGGGAGGGAACUACAUGGAUGGUCAUUGGAAGAUUGAGAUCACGGACGAGCGCCUGCAGGCAUGUUCUGAGGAUUUCUGCUCCUGGGAAAGCAUGUUGCUGCACUGGGGUGGAAAGAACAGGACUGAUAAUGCAGCAACUGAUUCUUCAAUAACACAGACAACGGGCAAUCAAUCCUUCUCUUCAUUAUGACUAUGUUGUCAUUCAAUGUUGCUGUAAAUAAUACAAACACAAAUAAAUCAAGAAAUUUAGCAACCUCGAGCUUUCAUCUCGACGACACUCGAAGUUCAAAUGAUGAUUUGAGGUUUGCGAACUUCUAUGAAGUCAGACAUUAUAUCCUCGCCGCGCGUAAUUUUUCGACUUCGGUAUAUUUAAGCUACAUGUCUCAUUUCACUUA